AUGGACCCCAUGGAGGUUGAGGUUAUCCGUACGCCGUCCGACUCAGACAUAGCUGGUUCCGGGGGGCCCGCGACUGCGGUGCCCAUGAGCAGGGCCGCUCCAGCGCCCCAGGCCACAGGGGAAGAUCCUCAGACGCUCCCGAGGCUGACCACGCUUGUCAACCCUGACGAAGGGGUGACGGAGCUCAUGGUUGCUGCUCGCCGCGGAGACGAAGAGACCGUCAUGGCACUCUUGGACGAGCAGGCAUGCCAGGUCGAUGCACGAGGGCGUACAGCACUCAUGUAUGCCGCCGAGAUGGGCAGAUCAUCCAUUGUGGAGCUGCUUAAGGACCGCGAGGCAGGCAUCCAGGACUCGUUUCUGUGGACGGCGCUCUUCUAUGCGGCGCAAAACGGGCACCUCGUCUGCGUCUCCAUGCUUGCACCUCUUGAAGCAAAGAUACAGCGCAAAGAUGGCUGCACUGCCCUCUUCCUAGCAGUCUUUUGGAACCACAUCGAGUGCGCCCGCAUCCUCGCUCCUCUAGAGGCGGGGAUCACAACAAACUACAAACACUGGCAGGGCGGAGAGUACACGGCCCUCAUGGAAGCAGCGAGGUGGGCCCGUUUGGAAUGCAUUGAACUUCUUGUCGAGCAGGAGCACGGUAUGAAGGACGCGUCUGGAAAUAGGGCAAUUGACUACGCCCGUGCUCCCUACGCACACGUCCCGGAAGAUCGCAAAGAGCAGUCCAUACAGCUUCUUGAGCAGUAUGAGCGCGACUAG